AUAUCAGUUGAUGAUGAGUUUUUGAAUUGACAACAACAAAUACACUUGUUCCAAAAAAUAGAAUUUGUUUUUAAUGUUGUGAAUUUAAGUGAUUUUUGUUGAUAAAUUAUAUAUAUUUUUUUUUAUAAACAAUUAUCAAGAUGCGAUUGUCACCGCAAAGUUGUUCGCGUUUAGCGAAAAUGUUGGAUUUAUAUUCACAAUUUAAUCCAUCACCGCUAUCAAUUAAGCAGUUUAUUGAUUUCGGUUUAAAUGCAUGUGAACGAAAAUCGUACAUAUUUUUACGUAAAGAAUUACCAGUACGAUUAGCAAAUAUUAUGAAAGAAAUUGCUUUAUUGCCGGAGAAUUUAUUACGGAUGCCCAGUGUGGGUUUGGUACAUGAUUGGUAUGUACAAUCAUUUGAGGAAAUCGUUGAAUUUGAAAAGAAAGAACCAACAACUGAUAUACUAGAUAAAUUUUGUGAAGAUUUAGUAAAAAUACGAAAUCGGCAUGCAGACGUCGUCCAAACAAUGGCACAAGGUGUUUUAGAAUUAAAAGAAUCACAUGAUGUUGAUCAUCAAACUGAACAUAGUAUUCAAUAUUUCUUGGAUCGAUUUUAUAUGUCUCGUAUAUCAAUUCGUAUGCUUAUUAAUCAACACACAUUAUUAUUUGGUGGCCAAUUAAAUAGUCCAGCACCAAUUGCAAAUCGACAUAUUGGUUGUAUUGAUUCAUUAUGUGACUUGGUUGGUGUUGUACGGGAUGCGUACGAAAAUGCACGAUUUUUAUGUGAUCAAUAUUAUUUAGAUUCGCCUAAAUUAAUUGUGACUGAACAUAAUGCACUUGAAAAAGGAAGUGAUAUUCGAAUAGUUUACGUUCCAUCACAUUUAUAUCAUAUGCUAUUCGAAUUAUUUAAGAACAGUAUGCGUGCAGUUAUGGAACAUCAUGGCAGUUCUGUUGAUCAAUAUCCACCAAUUGAAGUUACCGUUGUGAGAGGGAAAGAAGAUAUUUGUGUUAAGAUGUCUGAUAAAGGCGGCGGUAUCCCACGAUCACAAACAGACCAGCUAUUUAAAUAUAUGUAUUCAACGGCUCCACAACCAAGUAAAAGUGAUGCACACACAGUACCAUUAGCUGGAUACGGAUAUGGUUUACCAAUAUCACGAUUAUAUGCUAGAUAUUUCCAUGGUGAUUUAAUAUUAUUAUCAUGUGAAGGAUAUGGAACUGACACCAUUAUUUAUAUGAAGGCAUUAACAAAUGAAGCCAAUGAACUAUUACCAAUCUUCAACAAAACAUCAACACGAUUUUAUCGUGCCACAAUACCAACUGGUGAUUGGUCAAAUCAAGCUAGUCAUAUGAGUGAACGACAGAUGGCAACAAAACAAACAAAACAUAAUUUAACUCAAUCAAUACAAGAAUUAAUGAAUAAUUAAUAAAUAGUAAAUAUA